AUUUUGGGAGUAGCAUAUAAUAAAGGGAAGAGGGAAAUAGAUCGGACAAUCGGAGCCCAAACCCAAACCAGCGCGCUAAAAAUGUUAAUUUGAAUUUGCAAUAGAGCUUCCUAUUUGCAGGCCUUAGAGAUGGAAGAUAAAGGAGAAGGGGAAACAGAUUUCACCGUCAUUGAAACAGCCUCAGAUACUCUCGAUAGCUCUAUCAAAUUCCAUCUUGUUACUGAUAUCUUAGGUUUUAUCCUCUUUAUGCACCAGCAAAUCCCUUCCUUACUGCAGGAUCUCACUCUUGAAUUUGAUGAAUUGAACACUGAAUUUGCGGAAUUGGAGACAGCUAUUGUACAAGCGGAAACAUGUUCUUUACGUAGAAAUCAUGCUUCCAGGAAGAGGGAGGUGAGAAUGGGAAUAAGGAGACUGGAUAAGUUAAUGAACACUAUAUCCAGUCUCAGGACUGCUCUUCAAUUAAUGAUCACAGAAUUUCCUGCUAUUCAAAGAGUUAUUCUGAUUCUUGGGUCCAGUCCUCUUCGUCCUCUUAAUGUGUAUGAACUCAACUUUUCGUGUGAAUCGGCAGCUUCUGGAGGAGAAUUUACUAGGAAUCGAGUUGUGGAAACUCUUUCAAAGAAGGCCAUCCGUGUCUUAGUUUCAAAGGGUGCAGGAUCUAGCUCCUCUGUUGGUCCUACCAAGUUGUUCCUCUUCGUUGAAGCUCCUUCAUCAGUCAACUUGCAUCUGCAUUUUCUUCCAAAGAGGGAUUUUAAGUACAGCAAAAAGGUUUCAGUGUCGGCAUAUUAUCAAAGGCUUGGCUUCCAGGGCAUCCCCAACCGAAGAGUGAGAGAUCCUUCGAGGGAGAAAGGUGCUGCGCUGUGGCCUCCUCAAGGUCAUCCGGAACCACUUUAACGCUGUUUAUUGACCAUAGUAACGCAAUGUUCAGGAGGAGGUAGCAAUAGUAUUAGCAGGAGUUGGCUUGAGCUUCUUUCACCUGCUGCAUUACCCACUUCUUAUUCUUUUCUUUUUCACUGCUUAAACGUAGAAACGAACUCUUAAAGCUUAGCAGGUACAAGAUCAAGAGAACAAGGUCCAAUAGAUGUUUUCCUAAACACAUAUACAGUUGAAGAACUCCUGGAGAAAAAUGAGCAUCAGACUCACUAGGCUAUUUGACCAUCUUGGCUCCAAAGAGGAUUAAAAUCAAAAUGUUUUGCAGCAAUAGUAAAUCACAUCAAAAGAACGUUGGCAUGUACAUACUGCAUAUAUAAUAAGGUCGAGGGAGGCCCUUUGAAUCUCUUCCUUCGUUCUUUUGAACUUGAAAUCCAAGAUCAAUUAUCUGCCCUUGGAAUUGCACCGGGA